CUGAGAUCCAAACAGACCCAGAGAGAAGAGGAGAGUAGAGGAGAGCCAGUCAGACACACACACACACACACACACACACCUCCUCCGUCUUGGUGCUCCCAUGCAGAAAGGACCCCAGGGGACACUGCACCAGCUGAGCCUCAAAAACAAGAAGCCGAGACUGCGCUGAUACAAUGGAGACAGAAGAGCCCAGCAUUCCGAGGGAUGGGCCGAGAGCCUCCAUGCCGGAUGAACUGUGCCAUCCCUAUUCCAAGUUCUCCGACUGGAAGUUUAAGCUCUUCCGGGUGCGCUCCAUGGAGAAGGCACCGCUGCCCAGUGAACCUCCCUUGGAGAAAGAAGCGAAGCCGAGGCUUCAGGCAGAGGGGGAUGCGGUGGGCCUUCCCGGCAGCGUCAUGAAGAUCUGUCUGGGGGGCAAGAGCAAGGAAAGUGUGGAGGGGGUCCGCAGGCGGGUGGAUCUCAAGCUUCAGGAGAUCGACACACACAUGGACCAUCUCAGGUCUUUAUGUCGCUUAUGUGGCAUAAUUCUGAGGAAAGCCAAAGGCCCAGAGCAUGAGGUCCAAGCAAAUCUGGACGAGUCCAGCAGGUGUGCCCUGCGGAGAAUGGGCUGCAAGGCUGCAAGUUGGCCUGAGGUCAUCCUGAAGGUCUUUAAAGUAGACGUGAGUGGAGACUUGGAAACCAUCCACCCCUCAAUGUUCUGUCACCGAUGCUGGAGUGUAGCCAUGAGAGGAGGGGGUUUCUGUAGUUUCUCCAGGACUCGGGUCCCUGUGUGGAAGCCUCAUACCUCGCACUGCCUGCUCUGCUUCCCCAAGAGACUCAUACUUCAGCGAAGGGGAAGGAAGAGAAGCAAACCACUACACAGCACACACUGCCUGCCUAAGAGGACCAAAAGGGACUGUUCUGCACCCACAGGGGGCAACAGAGUAUGGAGACAGACCACAGACAACCCUGAAGCUUUUGCUUUGAGGGCAUGGGUGAAGCCAGCUGCUCAGAGAGCCCUGUGGGUAAAGAAUAUAACUCGCUGCCAGAAAGACCACCUAAGCUGCCAGCUUCUCCCCGGAGAACUCCCAAAAGACUUUGUGAACAGUGUCACCUGCCAGGUGUGUGAGCACCUACUCUCUGACCCCGUCCAGUCCCCGUGCCUUCACCUCUUUUGUCGCACCUGCAUCCAGAAAUACAGCCAGUCUCUUGGUCCCCAGUGUCCAACCUGUGGGCUCCUUUUUAACCCAUGUGACCUCGCUAACCCUGCUAAAGCCUUUCUCUUAGUUCUCAACUCACUGCCUCUGGCCUGCCCCAGGGAAGGCUGUGGGGAGUGGGUCAGAUUAGACACCUUUGCAGACCACUGCCUAAAUCACUGCCUUGAGACCAAUGACACUGAAGAACAGGACAGUCCGGAGCAGAAUCUGGACGGCUACCUGCCCGUCAACAAGGGUGGCCGUCCUCGCCAGCACCUUCUCUCACUUACACGAAGAGCGCAGAAGCACAGGCUGAGAGAGCUGAAGAACCAGGUGAAGGUGUUUGCUGACAAGGAAGAGGGCGGAGACGUGAAGGCUGUGUGUUUGACGCUGUUCCUGUUGGCACUGAGGGCCGGGAAUGAACACAAGCAGGCUGAUGAGCUGGAGGCCAUGAUGCAAGGCAGGGGGCUUGGCCUGCACCCUGCGGUGUGUCUGGCCAUACGGGUCAACACCUUCCUCAGCUGCAGCCAGUACCACAAGAUGUACCGCACCGUCAAGGCCACUAGUGGACGCCAGAUAUUCCAGCCCCUGCACACCCUCCGUACUGCAGAGAAGGAGCUUCUCCCUGGCUUCCAUCAGUUUGAGUGGCAGCCAGCUCUCAAAAAUGUGUCCAGCUCUUGGAACAUAGGCAUCAUAGAUGGGCUCUCUGGCUGGACGGUGUCUGUAGAGGACGUGCCAGCAGACACCAUCUCUAGACGAUUCCGCUAUGAUGUUGCGCUGGUAUCAGCUUUGAAAGACCUGGAGGAGGACAUCAUGGAGGGUCUGAGAGAGAGAGGUUUGGAUGACAGCACCUGCACGUCAGGUUUCACUGUGGUAAUCAAGGAGUCGUGUGAUGGCAUGGGGGAUGUCAGCGAAAAGCACGGAGGUGGACCGGCUGUUCCUGAGAAGGCUGUGAGAUUCUCUUUUACAGUGAUGUCCAUCACCAUUCAAGCGGAAGGUGAGGAAGAAGCAGUCACAAUAUUCCAGGAGCAAAAGCCCAACUCAGAACUGUCCUGCCGACCACUGUGCCUCAUGUUUGUGGACGAGUCCGAUCAUGAGAUGCUGACCGCCAUCCUGGGUCCUGUAGUGGCAGAGCGUAGAGCGAUGAAGGAGAGUCGCCUCAUCCUUUCCAUAGGUGGGCUCCUUCGCUCCUUCCGCUUCUUCUUCCGAGGCACAGGCUAUGACGAGAAGAUGGUGCGAGAAAUGGAAGGGCUGGAGGCUUCAGGAUCCACUUACGUCUGCACCUUGUGUGACUCAACACGAGCUGAAGCCUCUCAAAACAUGGUGCUGCAUUCUAUCACUCGAAGCCAUGAGGAAAACCUUGAGAGAUAUGAGAUUUGGAGAACCAACCCUUUCUCAGAGACUGCAGAUGAACUGCGGGAUCGAGUCAAAGGGGUCUCCGCUAAGCCUUUCAUGGAGACGCAGCCCACGCUAGAUGCCUUGCACUGUGACAUUGGCAAUGCUACAGAAUUCUACAAGAUAUUCCAGGAUGAGAUUGGUGAAAUGUACCAGAAAGUCAACCCCGCUCGAGAGGAGAGACGGCGCUGGCGAUCGGCUCUUGACAAGCAGUUGAGGAUGAAGAUGAAGCUGAAGCCGGUGAUGAGGAUGAACGGGAACUAUGCCCGGAGGUUGAUGACCAGUGAGGCUGUGGAGGUGGUGUGUGAGCUGGUUCCUUCAGAGGAGCGCCGCAAGGCUCUGAGAGAGCUGAUGGAGUUGUACCUCCAGAUGAAGCCGGUCUGGCGCUCUACCUGCCCAGCCAGAGACUGCCCUGAUCAACUCUGCCGUUAUAGCUUCAACUCACAACGCUUUGCUGAACUCUUGUCCAGUACGUUCAAAUACCGCUACGAUGGCAAGAUUACCAACUACCUCCACAAGACUCUGGCCCAUGUGCCUGAGAUUGUGGAGCGGGAUGGCUCGAUUGGUGCCUGGGCCAGUGAGGGAAAUGAGUCUGGCAACAAGCUCUUCCGACGCUUCCGUAAGAUGAACGCCAGGCAGUCCAAAACAUUUGAGUUGGAGGACAUACUAAAGCACCAUUGGCUAUAUACCUCAAAGUACCUGCAGAAGUUCAUGGAGGCUCACAAGGAUUCAGCAAAAGCACUGCAAGCCACCAUCAACCCAGUGGAAACCCCAGAUGACCUUGAUAUGGCUGACCUUCCAGAUUUUUGAAAAGAAAAAAAUCUUCAGGGUUGUGUGGAUCAUUUAACUCAAAUACACUUGGACAUUUAUUUUCUUUACUUUAUUUCAUUGGAGACAUGAUAUGUCACUUUAUUAAAUAACUGACAUUUUCUUUUUUUAGAUAAGCUCUAAAACCAAGUUGAAUCACUUUUUUGACUAUCUUUUAUCUUUUUUUUAUAUUGUUGCUUUUACAGUCAGAAUAAUUGUUAUACGACAGAGAUAAGAUUAGGAAGAAAUGGCUAUUCUUUCUUUUCAGGGUUUGCAGGCAAAUUUUUGUAUUUCAUCCUUGGCUGCUGGUGAAAUAUGGGAUAGUUUAUUGUAUUACUGGGUUAUGACACAUUCAUGAAUUUAUACAGAAGGAUUAUUUAUGGAAGCAGAUGAAAGCACCGUAAGUCACAGAAGGGGGAAUUGCUUUAAAAGAGCCCCGUUUAUGAUCGCUGUAUUAAUUUAUCACUGAGGGCAGAGACAAAAUGGAAUUAGGAAAACUCAACCCGCCUCAGUUUCAGAAGAGUUAGUGAAAAGGAUUACUUUAGUGUCAUAUAUCAGGGACCUCCUGAAGAAUAGCAGCAUCGCUAAAAUGACUUUGAACGACCCCAUACUGCAUAUUUACACGUUUGCACAUUCCAGCAGACAUGCUAUUAUUCUACCUCCAUUUUUAAAUCACCUCAGUAUUUUGCACCCCACUGAACACUCAGCAUUAACGCAGGAGGCACAGUCAGAAUCAAUGCAUUAGUCCGUGCAUUCACAUUACUGUAGCACAAGCAUUCUUUUAUCAUCUUUUAAUGAUGUUGCUUGUUUUGUUCUUUGUCUGAUUGAUUGGUUGAUUGGAUAUGCUUUUCUUUAUUUACUGUGCAUAUCUGAUUAACUACUUUCAUCAAAUUAUUAUGCAACAUUUUGCAAUAUUAGGUUUAUUGAUUAAUGUACUUUAAGGAUUUACUUAGUUUAUUUACUUGAUUGAUUGAUUGGUUACUUGAUUACUUGAUUGAUGACAUAGUUUUGAUGUAUAGAAUGAUGUACUUUACUUAAUUCACUGGUUGUAUUAUUUUGAUGCCCAGCACAAAUGUAACGAAACAUUGUAAACUGAUUUUAUUAUUUUUAUGAAAAUGCAGUUUAUUGUAAGUUUUGGUCUUUUUUUGUGUUUUGGUAAUAUGGUGAUUACAACAUACAUUUGGAUGUGGUUAGACUAAAGACUCUUAAGACUAUUUUUUUACAGCUUUUGCCCUAGGGCAUCAGCUAUUUUACUAUUGUGACUACUGUAUGUCACCUUUUUAAUUUUUUUGUAGUUUCAUAGUUUUAAAGAUGCACAAGGUAUAUUCAGUUGCAAUUUCAUUAUGAUUUGUUGAUUUGCACACAAGUACUGUUCUCUACCCAGUUUUAUUUCUUAUGAGAGCGUAAAUGUGACUGCUUACCCUAUUCAUUUUGUUCAGCGUUGGUUAUGUGUUUCAAUAACUUUCUUUACUUUAAAAGAUGUUCAACAUCAUUGCAAAAUAUAUCAUUUUAUAAUAAAAUGCAUUCUGCAAA